GCCCGCCCCGCCCCCCGCUCCGCACCGCCCCGCACGGCGCGGGCUGAGCGCUGCGCGGGGCUCGGUUACGUCGGCGCCGGCUGCCGCCCCGGACAUGUCGGGCCCGCGCGCCGGCUUCUACCGGCAGGAGCUGAAUAAGACCGUGUGGGAGGUGCCGCAGCGGCUGCAGGGCCUGCGCCCGGUGGGCUCCGGCGCCUACGGCUCAGUCUGCUCGGCCUACGACACACAGCUCCGCCAGAAGGUGGCAGUGAAGAAGCUGUCCCGCCCCUUUCAGUCACUGAUCCAUGCGCGAAGAACGUACCGUGAGCUGCGGCUGCUCAAACAUCUGAAGCACGAGAACGUCAUUGGUCUUCUGGACGUCUUCACGCCUGCUACGUCCAUUGAGGACUUCAGCGAAGUGUACCUGGUGACCACUUUGAUGGGUGCCGACUUGAACAACAUCGUCAAGUGCCAGGCGCUGAGCGACGAGCACGUUCAGUUCCUCGUUUACCAGCUGCUGCGCGGGCUGAAGUACAUCCAUUCGGCGGGGAUCAUCCACCGGGACUUGAAGCCCAGCAACGUGGCGGUGAAUGAGGACUGCGAGCUCAGGAUUCUGGACUUUGGGCUUGCGCGUCAGGCUGACGAGGAGAUGACAGGAUACGUGGCCACACGCUGGUACCGGGCGCCUGAGAUCAUGCUCAAUUGGAUGCACUACAGUCAAGCAGUGGACAUCUGGUCUGUGGGCUGCAUCAUGGCUGAGCUGCUCCAGGGAAAGGCCCUCUUCCCUGGAAAUGACUACAUUGACCAGCUGAAACGCAUCAUGGAGGUGGUGGGCACACCCAGCCCUGAGGUUCUGGCAAAGAUAUCCUCGGAGCAUGCCCGGACAUACAUCCAGUCCCUGCCCCCCAUGCCCCAGAAGGACCUCAGCAGCAUCUUCCAUGAAGCCAACCCCCUGGCUGUAGACCUCCUUGGAAGGAUGCUGGUGCUGGACAGUGACCAGAGGGUCAGCGCAGCUGAGGCCCUGGCUCAUGCAUACUUCAGCCAGUACCACGACCCGGAUGAUGAGCCAGAGGCUGAGCCCUAUGACGACAGUGUUGAGGCCAAGGAGCGCACAGUGGAGGAGUGGAAGGAGCUCACUUACCAGGAAGUCCUCAGCUUCAAGCCUCCAGAGCUGCUGCAGCCACCUGGCACCUGUGAGAUUGAGCAGUGAGGCAUUGCCCAUGGGAGGCCUGAGCCUCUCCCAUUUCCUCAGCUGGCCAGGUUUCCUCAAAUGUGCCUCUCAGUCAGCCCUUACUCUAGCCUGGGACCUCUUGCCUUGAGGGAGUCUACACACAUGUCAAUGCACAAGUAUGUGCCUGUGUGCCUGCCAUAUGUAGGAGACUGGGCAGAAGUGUCC